GUGUCGAUGCCCGUGGAAUCGGGCCGUAGCUUUAUCCUGUAUCAAUCAACAGUCCUAUCACUAAUCGCUUCAUCAUUCUCGAUCGACCAAAGUUGGGCCCUAUAUCGGAAACUUUUAUACGGAAACUCCAGUCUGAGAGUAUACUCUGGCAACCAUGGAAUCAGAGUUCGCCGAUGUGCCGCCUCCGGCCGAGGCACUGCCAAUCGCCACACCAAUAAACCUCAUCCUUCUAUCCCUUUUCAUCGUCAUCGUAUACCUGCAGUUCCGACCCAAAGCCGCCGUGAGCUUGCCUCGAGGCCCCGCUCCCGUCGUCUUCCGCACCUUCACACCUUCCACAUUGCUCCCAUUCAAUGGUAUCGAUGGUGCACCUGUGUACUUGGCUGUGCGAGGCCGAGUGUUUGAUGUGACCCCUGGUCGGAACUUUUACGGACCGGGCGGUCCUUACGAGAACUUUGCCGGCCGUGAUGCCUCCCGUGGCCUUGCACACCAGAGCUUUGACAGAGAAAUGCUCACCGAAGAUCUUAAAGGCCCGCUCGAUGACCUCAAGGACCUCGAGGCCGAACAAUUAGAGAACUUGGAAGGAUGGGAAGAACGUUUCCUUGAGAAGUACUUGGUUGUCGGCAAGCUUGUUGCCGAGGGUGAUCCUGAGGCUCCAAAGGCUUGAACUUGUGCUGAUAAUUUUGCAAAUCCGGUUCGGCCUACUCCGCUUACGGACAACUUCGAGGCAUCUCCCGUUUAGGAAGCUAAUGGACUUUAUUCUGGACUGUGAUCUUUCUCGUUAGCUCGGUUUCCGGCUUAUGCCCUGCUAGAUUGUUUCAUUGGUGCAUUUGAUAUUGGAUGUUAAAAACAAAACUCUUACGUAUUUCAACUGUCAGCAAUGAGAAAAUGUCGAUGCCCAGGUGACAAAUGAUGAACCCCUUAAUUUUACUGAUGAGCAAUUUCUUGCCAUUGUCAGCUAAGGUUUAGUUGUACUCAAUAAAAUUUGAAGGCGCAGCGCUUCAACCAUGA